CGAAUUCAUUCCCCCUGUAGCAACCGCGAAAAUAACAGAAGAAGAAACCUCGCAAAAACCCUCGCCUGGAAGGAGAAGAAGAGCAAGAGCGACUCCUCUCCGUGCCCGAGUCGCUCGAUUCCUAACUCAGUUAUAAAGGAAAAUGCUCACGCAACACGGUCUUGAACUCGCUUUCCAACUCAUCACUGCCCACUUCGGCGAUCUCGUUGCUAAAGUAUGCAAAUGCCUUCUGCACAAAGGAACUCUAUCAUUGGAGGAACUGAUUCGACACACCAAACUCGAGCGUGCGCAGCUAAAGAACUGUCUCCUCGUCCUAAUCCAACACAAUUGCGUUCAAGCCUUCAAUAUCGAAAUACAAAGCGGGGCUGGGGCUGCGCCAAAGACCGUAACUCAGUACAUGGCACUCUUUGAUAACAUCCUGCACCGCAUGCGUUUCCCAAAGUUUCUGGUGAUCGUGGCGGAGCGCUUCGACAAGCAGUGUGAAACACUUCUUGAGGGAUUACUUCAACAUGGCCGUCUUUCUUUGGAUCAAAUCAUAGACCGCGCAAAACAGGGAAACCAAGGGAAUAAUGAUGCUCACCAAGCAAACUUCAUUAAACUUGUCGAUGCACACUUCGUGGAGCGCUGUCCGAGUUCUCAACCCUUUGUUGAAUUGAAUAAUGAAAGUGCUCAGCCUCGAAGACGGGGUUCUAAGGCUGCUGAAGUAAUAGAAACUGUUGAACAACAGGCUAUAUCUGCUGCAGCUCCUUCAGAGACAGAAAGGUUUUCUGUUAUUGCAUGUGUGGGGAAUGACAUCACAUUAGGCGAAGAAGCCAAGGAGCAGUUUCCUAGUCUCCAAGUCGGGGAAAAGCGCAAGCAUGAGGCUUUGGAGAUGGAUGAUGAAACUAUGACUGCGAUUGGCAAGAAAGAAGUUCUUUGGCGUGCUAAUUUUGAGGAGUUCGUACGUUGUCUUAGGCAUAAGGCCUGUGUUGCUAAUGUGAGAUCAAGGAUGGAUGUCAAGACUGGCACUGUUUUGGAAGCAAUGCUAGAAGCAACAAGAAGCCGAGAAAAAAAAGUUAAAGAGGAGGAAUCAGCACCAUUGUUGAUGGACACCAUUUUAGAAGAAGUGAGGAGAAGGCCAGAGGGUCUUGAAAUGACCUUGGAACAUGUUAGAGCUGCCCUCAACCAACUGGGUUCUUACUCGUCCAUGGGAGGGACAGACGGGCCAUACACUGUUGAUUUGAAGAACAUUAUUGAAGUUGCUCAAAAUGAUGAGGUGGAAUCAGUUGUGUUGAAAAGAUAUGGGCGAGAGGCCUACAGGAUAUUCAGGUUACUAGCAAAGAAUGGUCGCCUAGUUGAGACUGAUCGGAUUUCAGAUGUCACAUUCGUGGAAAAAAAGGAAGCAAACAAAAUUCUUUUCAAGCUUUGGAAGGAUGACUACUUGCACAUGGAGAAAUUAGUUCUACAUAUGUAUGGGCCACCACCAUUUACAUUAUGGAAAGUGAAUAAGGAAACUCUUUGGGAACAUGUCCUGGAUGAAAUGUACCAUGCUGCUUUGAAUAUCAAUCAACGAAUUGCUUAUGAGCUUGAACAAGAACAUGAGGUUUUACAAUUGCCACGAGAUGUACUUGAUGAAGCCCAAGAAAAAAGAAUCAAUCGGAUAAGGCAAGUGAAGGCACUAUUGGAAGCAUCCCUUCUAAGGCUCGAUGAUGCGCUUAUGCUCUUCCAUGACUUCUGAAUUAAUAGCAGUUAUUCAUGAAUAUUUUUGUAUUUUCGUGAAAUGUUUGAUCUGCUUCAAACCCCAUAAAGUAGGGAAUGGGAAGAGCCGGUCACAUGCUCAUGAAAUUUCUGAUCACAGUUUGAAGCGGACCAUAGGAAGAUGGGCUUCUGCAGUGGCAUGCCGUGAUAUAUCAGUAGAUUAUUAUCUUCAAAAAAUAGUUAUGUAGAGAAAGGACAGGAGGCGGAUGGCAAUGCUUGGCUCCCGAUUCGAUUUUGGUGUUUCAUAUUCUUAAAGAGGGUUUUUGUUUGUGUGUGUGUGUGUGUGUGUGUGUGUGGUGACAAAGCCAUAAGAUGUGUUUAAAAGUGCCUCAUGUAUUGAUGUGUUUUCUUCCUUAUUUUUCUUUUUCUUUUAUCUUGUGCAUGUUUCUGGAAGAAAUACUUUGUGCACCAUGUUCCCUGACCACUGGAUCCGCUCCCCUUGUUUAGGCAUAGGCCCAAAAAUCAUGCCAAUCCGUGACUCAGGUGGGCCAUGCUGCAGGGAACAGUUGAGA